AUGGCCAAAGCAGCGCUUCACCUCAUCAAUCUGCUGCGCGGCUGGCCACACCCCGGGCUUCUCCCUAAAGAUCUACUGUCUGCCUCCUCGCAAGCGGUUCUUUCAAAACCCGAGGUUUUUAUUCCGGCCCUUCAAUACGGCGCAGAUCCUGGAUUCCAGCCUUUGCGUGAGGCUCUCGCAACAUGGCUGCAUUCACACUAUAGUGUCCCGCGUGACCCCGAACGAAUUUGCAUUUCUGGCGGUGCAAGCCAGAACAUCGCAUGCAUCCUACAGAGCUUCACAGAUCCAAACGUCACGCGUGCUGUGUGGCUAGUCAACCCAACCUACCACCUCGUAUUUGCUAUAUUCGACGACGCGGGUUUCAAAAAUAGAUUGAUGGAAUUUCCUGAAGAUGAUGAGGGGCCAAAUCUUGAGGUACUUGAGGAGAAGAUGCGCCAGUUUGAAGAGCAAGAUGAGCAAGGCGAAAAGAUUCCAGUAAAAGAGCCUGGACCGCAUCGCAAGUUUUAUCACCAUAUCAUCUACGUUGUUCCCACGUGCGCCAAUCCCUCAGGGAAGACAAUGCCAGUCAAGCGCCGCGAAGGACUCGUAAGGCUGGCACGCAAGUUUGAUGCUCUCGUCAUCUGUGACGAUGUCUAUGAUCAACUUCAGUGGCCGAUUGAUCAGCAGGAUAAGCCGACAAUAAGUCCACAUGAGGCACCCGAAAUGAUUCUACCUCGACUCUGCGAUAUCGAUCUUGCCAUGGAGCCUUCUCCUAACGACCCGAAGGGCUUCGGACACGCGGUCAGCAAUGGAUCAUUCAGCAAGAUGGUCGGCCCUGGAAUGCGCACUGGAUGGCUUGAAGGCUCGACUGCUUUUGCAUUUGGGCUUGCGCAAACAGGUUCGACCAAGUCUGGUGGCUCACCGAGCCAGUUCUGUGCAUCUAUAUUGGCAGAUAUGAUCGAAACCGGCACCCUUCAGAAACACCUCGCCGACAAAGUGCGACCAAAUCUUCAGCACCGACAUCGCGUCAUGGUGGAUGCGAUUCAUACCCAUCUUCUUCCACUUGGCUUUCAGCUUCGAGAGGCAGGACAGCUGCGUGGAAACGUUUACGGGGGUUACUUUGCUUGGUUGACAACCCCAGACGGUAUUUCAUCCGGAGUCAUCUCUGAAGUAGCGAUGGCUGAUAUGCUUAUCAUCGGAAAUGGCACGAUGUUCCAAGUGGAGGAUAACAAACACGAAAUUGAUACCGACAAAUACAUCAGAUUGACAUUUGCAUAUGUCCCAGAGGAUGAUAUCAUGGAAGGUGUUCGAAGGCUUGGAGUUGUCACGCGAAAAAUACAAGAAAACCCAGACAAGUACCGGUGUUUUGACAAGGGCCUUUCCAAUUCCUCGCUUAUUGAUCUGGCGAAAUAG